GAAAUGUUGUUGAAGACUGGACUUCUCGAGCAAUGAGUUUUUCUGCUCUUUCCUUCAGACUCGGAUCCCUUUCCAAGUCAUUGUCAUAGUACGGCAGAGAAUCAAAGAUAGCAGGAGCCUGAGCUGUUUCUGAGGUUUCGAUGGACAUAGUGUAGGAACGGAGGAAGCAAGCGUAGGAUGUAAGUCGUGGGAACUUCGCGCUCUCGUCUAAGUUCACUGUACGCAUCAUUCACUCUUGUACCAACCACCGCUCUCUAGGUUAAUAUGUCCCUACGUGUAGCAGCUCGCUCUAGUCGGCUGCUGAGGGCAGUACCUGCUCGUCAGACUGUCGUCGGUGCAGCCCACGCUGCGCGGAGGAUUCAUUCAUCUCAGUCGGCCAAGGGUGCGCUAUACAACAAAUCUCAUUGGUUGAUUGACAUAGCUUACCGUCCUACAGCUUCCGCUUCGCCCUUCACUGAGCCUACUUCGCCAAAUCCCACUCUCACCAAGUAUGCAGAGACUACUGAGAAGCUGCAUCACUAUGGCUCUUAUAUCAUGCAAUGUCUGCCCAAAUUCGUCCAGCAAUUCAGUGUGCUCAAGGAUGAACUGACUCUGUACACUGCACCUUCUGGCAUCAUUCCUGUCCUCACCUUCCUUCGUGACCACGCGCAGUGUCAGUUUAAGAGUUUCGUGGAUAUCAGUGGCGUUGAUUAUCCGGAGCGAGACAAACGGUUUGAGGUUGUGUAUCACCUUUUGAGUGUGAAGUAUGGUGGCAGGAUCAGGGUGAAGACGUACGCAAGUGAAGUGGACCCCGUCCCCACCGCAAUGCCCGUGUACACCGGUGCCGAUUGGUAUGAGCGAGAGGUGUGGGAUCUGUACGGCGUCUUCUUCGAAGGACAUCCAGACCUGCGACGUAUUCUCACCGAUUACGGCUUCGAGGGGCACCCUCUCCGCAAGGACUUCCCUCUUACAGGUUACACUGAAGUCCGAUAUGACGAGGAGCGCAAGCGUGUUGUUUACGAGCCUCUCCAAAUGACUCAAGCCUUCCGAAACUUCGAUUCUGCUUCUCCUUGGGAGCAAGUUGGUGAAGGAACGGAGCCGAGAAGACCUGCCGACUUCAAGCCAGUCCCUCCACCCAAACCUGAGGAGCAGAAGAAGUAGAGCUUAUAUUCUGCAUAAUACAUCUGUUCUUUCACCCCCUUCGAAGGAUUCACAAACAACAGGUGAUAGUAGUACACAGAAAGUUGGGUAUCAAAACAAAUCCAUGUCCAUGAGGCUUCAAGCAGCUUCAGUAACAGAUACAGUGGGUUCCUCAGCUUUCUCUUCAGGUUCCUGCUUCUUGUCCCAGCCCAUUCUCGAUACGACAUAUUCUUGGCCAAGGACCUCGACUCCUAGUCUAAUGGCUUCCACAACUAGGUCCUCGACCCAAUCAUAUUGAUCCCAGAGGUCCAGCCACUUUCCAGGGAUAGACUGUGUGAUCGUGGAGUGAAUCAAUUGGUGUGACGGGUCCGAGAGGUAGAGAAUGAACUGGAGAGAUGGAUGUGAAGCGGCACUGCCCUCGGGGGAAGUUGAUGAUUCUGGAAGCGCGACUGAAGUUAUGAAGGGCUGUAUGCGGAUAUACACAUAUGAAUAGGUGGUCGGAUUUUGAGCUGAGGAUGUCGCAGGUGGCGGUUGAAUAUUACGCUUAAUGAGUUCAUCCAGGUUCGCCUGGUACAGGUGAAUAUCACUCGGCGUCACCGAUAUAUUAAUAUUGCAUACCUG